AUGCACUUACAGGAUGAGUUCCUUUCGGCUCCUCACACCGUGGACGCGAACCAGGAUGCCCAGGAGUUCUUGUGGCAUGUCAUGAAGUUUCAGAGCCUGGAACUGCGAUAUCGCUUGGAGAACGCGGAUGACUCCGGACGACCUACGCUUCUUACUCUCAGUGAAGUAACUGUGCCCGAACUCGACUUGCCGCGCUUGCACCUCCUGACAGGCGAAAGCGACGACGUGGAGGGCCUGGUGCAGCUGGUGCUGAAGCUGCUGCAAGAAUUGAAUCUGAGGCGCGUGAUCUUCGUGGCCAGCAGCUCUUUUUCGCGCCAGCUGGCACUUGAAACGGCUUCGCUGUCAACGACGGCGGUGCAGUGCCCCGGAAUCAGCAUAGUCCUCCAGUAUAUGAACAGUUCCAUGGAGCAGCCUGAUCGGGCCAACAGGACGCUUCGCGCGUCGCGUUGCGAAAACUUUGAAGAGAUCCUAAAGGGAUGUACCAUCAUCCUUGAGUGCUGUGGCCGUGCCGACUAUCUGACGUCCAUAUACCAACUUUGGGCCCUAUGUAGCAAUGCCAUGUACCUUUUCGAGCAACAGUGGUGGCCGGACCAACACAACGAGACCCGUAUGCAUGUCGCCGCCCCUCCAAUCCCGCUCAAACUGUCAGCGCUUCUUCGCCCAGGCUGGCGUGACCAGCAUCAUCUCAUCCGCCUUGCCAUGGCAUCUUUGGUCACUCUUCGCGACUGGUUCAUGGACUUCUUUGAUGACCACACGCAUCGAGACGUGUUGAACACUAUUCGAGAUGCUCUGCUUGUUUUUCAAACCGCAGUUGAUUUGUUCGAGCUACAUCAGGCAGUCCACGAGCCGCCCGCUCCCGUGCUGCCAGCCAUUGAGGAUCAGCCUGUGCGUUCCACCCCCGAUGCUCCAGCAUCUACUGGUGGAUCCUAA